UUUAGCCUUUUUCUUUUCAGGUUCUUGGCCAAAAAUGGAAAUCGUGCAGUAGUACUUUAGAAUUCUAAUGGGUGUGUGAAGAAGACAAUAAGCUUUAUCUGCAGAUCUCUCAAGACUAAAAUCUGAUGGACAGAAAUCGAUGCAUGGAACUUUCUGGAUGCGUCAGUGAAUGACCUGUAACCAUAAACACAGAUGAAUAGUGCUGGAGAAACGAUCAUCUCUGCUUUUUCCUAUAAAGAGACACUGAAAUGCACUAUCAAGAUGACCUGUAGCGAUGGGAAAAUUCUCCCUAUAUUAUUUAUUUUCUGUCUGAACUUUGAACUCUGUUAUUCUGCUUGUGCUCGUGCUGAAUAUGAGAUUGAUGGAGAAUGCUGCCCCAUGUGUGGAGCGGGUAAUCGUGUUUAUCGGGACUGUACUGAAUCUACCAGCACUAAAUGUACUCCGUGUAUGGGUGCAACUUUCAUCGAUGUACCGAACGGUCGCACAGCGUGCUUUAACUGUAUGAUCUGUGAUCCUGGUGUGGGUCUGAGAGUAAAGACUGCAUGCACCCGAACAUCAGAUACAGUGUGUGAACCUCUACCCGGAUUUUACUGUACUGAACAACACAGGGGAAGCUGCAUACAUGCUAAAAAACACACCAAAUGCCACCCUGGAGAAUUCAUACAGCACAUGGGAACAGCAGAUAGAGAUGCUGUGUGUGAGAAAUGUGGAGAUGGUACCUUCUCAGAUGGUUCUCUUCAAACGUGUCAACCACAUUCUAAGUGUGAGGAUCGGGGACUGAGAGAAGUAAAGCCUGGAACAGAUGAGUCUGAUACUGAGUGUGGGAAGAAAAUUUCAGUCGCUCCAAUUAUAUGUACAGUCAUUUUGCUUAUAAUUUUUUUGGCUUUGGCAGCAGAAGCAGUUCGCAGACUGUGUAUGAUGCCGCCAUCUACAGGGAAACAACACACAAUCAGACAGAUCCUCUGAUCUAAACACACCACCGAGAAGACCUGAGGAGACUUCUGAGCAGGACGGAACUACUCCACAGGACUACGCUCGAGACACUGCUGAUUUUCCCAGUGAUGGAACUGUCCUGAAAUCUGAUGAAUCAGUUCAGGAUGAUUCAGAUUCACCUCCCCCAGAAUCACCAGAUCAGAGAACAACAGGCUAACAGGGGUUUUAGAGCGGUGUUUGAGACCAGACCCUAAAGACAUUAUAAUUAAGAGACUAGAGCCCCAGCUUGGCCAUCGCUAUGUUUAUUUAAGACUGUUAAGGGGUGUAAAUUGUAUUUUUCAUGUUAUUCAUGCGUGUCAGUAUUAGAGUUAAUAUUAGUUAAAGCACUUUUGCACAUGAGCACAAAAAAAAACAAAGGAAAAGAAGAAGGUUAAAGAAGGACGUCGUUCACAUAGCUACACCAAUACGUUUUGACCAUCAGCCUUUUGUAAAUAAGUUAAGCUGUCUGUUUACACUUGAAAGGGAUUCAGUUAUCUCCUGCCCUGGACGGGUUCUUCUUCCACACCCUAAUUUAACCUGGAGGGAGAUUGAAAGGAUCACACACAGCUGUUUCCUUUAACAAUCUAACUUUAUUCAGAUUCAAACAAACAUAGUCCUUUAUACCUGUUAAUACCUGCAUCCAGCAAAAGGGGCGGUCCCUUGAAGGUGGGAGUAUUUUCUGAACACAAUGUACAAGACAUUUUGAAUGCUAUGUCCUGUAACAGCGGCCAAGAUUACCCAAUAAGGACAGUACAUAUUCAAAUUAAAAUUCAACACUUCGAGGCUGAUUGUACAAGCCAAGAGAAUAGCCAUAAAAGGACAGAAGGAAUAAAGAGUCUGUGUGUGGUUUAUCAUAAAGCAGAACACAUACUUUUUUAUACAUUAAAAACACUGGAAUGCUCUUUUCUGCAGAUGUGUGAAUGUAGCCAAAGAGACUUUUAAUAAGCAACAGUUCUCUUUUUGAUUAAAUAAACUGUUUAAUUAAUGGUUUAAGGUGUAUAAAACCUCUGCACUGUAUGACUGUAUAAGCACUGUGAUCAAUAUCCUCAAUACAAUUUAAAUUAAUCUUAUUUUAAUAAACUUUCUAUUGUUACUUUUUUUUACCUGUCAUGCAUGUGAGUAACA